AUGGGAUCUUUCAUUGAAUCCACGGGCUCCAAUUUAAACUACAAAGUGGAUGUGAAGCAGAAUCCUUUUGGCGUCGUGGUAACUGGAGUGAGAAGCAGUGGAGUGCUGUUCAACACUACCAUAGGACCCCUGCAGUACGCUGACCAGUUUUUACAGCUCUCAAUCAACCUACCCAGCAGCAACAUUUAUGGUGUGGGAGAGCACGUGCACAAGCAGUACCAGCAUGAUGUUAACUGGAAAACCUGGCCCAUGUUCAGCAGGGAUACUCCUCCCUCUGAUUAUGGAGUUCAAACUUUCUUCCUAUGUUUGGAAGACAGCACCGGAAUCAUCUUUGGUGUCUUCCUAAUGAAAAGCAAUGCCAUGGUACACAAAGCUCAAGAGCAGAAAAUGUCACAAAGCAAAGAUGGAUCAAACCAGCAGCCAAAACCUCAGGAUCCGGCUGUGUUUGGAUCUGAUUCAGUCUUGGUGGAAAGCUCCAAGUAUUACUUGAACAUUCGCUACACUUUGCUGCCUUACCUGUAUACACUCUUUUAUAAAGCUCAUACUCAAGGAGACACAGUUGCACGUCCACUUUUGCAUGACCGCAGGAAUCCAAUGGGACUUAUAAUUGCCCUGGAUGACAACUAUACAGCUUCUGGGAACUUGUUCUGGGAUGAUGGAGACUCUACAGGCAUAGUUGAGAGUAGCACCUACAUUUACUAUGAGUUUACAGUUUCCAAG